GGCUCCAGCAGAAGUGACCGGAGUGGAUUGGAGUAAGGAACGGUCACUGAGCCCAGGAGGUCGCCCUCCCCCCAGUCCCGGCCCGCAGAAGAUUGGGAACCACCCACCAAAGGGGUCCCAGGGUCCCGGGCCAGAGCAGCCCCAUAGGGGCCUUCGUCCCGGAAGUCUUUUAGUUCAGGAGCGGAAACGGAAGCGACAUACGAGAGCGCCUCGUGCGAUAGCCUUUGCCCGGCGUCAUGGCGGUCCGAGCCUCCUUCGAGAACAACUGCGAGGUCGGCUGCUUCGCCAAGCUCACCAACACCUACUGCCUGGUGGCCAUCGGCGGCUCGGAGAACUUCUACAGUGUGUUUGAGGGCGAGCUUUCCGAGACCAUUCCAGUGGUACACGCUUCCAUCGCCGGCUGCAGGAUCAUUGGUCGCAUGUGUGUGGGCAACCGGCAUGGCCUUCUUGUGCCCAACAAUACUACAGACCAAGAGCUACAGCACAUUCGAAACAGUCUCCCUGACUCAGUGCAGAUCCGACGGGUAGAGGAGCGACUCUCAGCACUGGGCAAUGUUACCACCUGUAAUGACUAUGUAGCUCUUGUUCACCCCGACCUGGACAGGGAGACAGAAGAAAUUCUAGCUGAUGUACUCAAGGUCGAAGUCUUCAGACAGACAGUGGCUGACCAGGUGCUGGUGGGAAGCUACUGUGUUUUCAGCAAUCAGGGAGGGCUAGUGCACCCAAAGACUUCCAUUGAGGACCAAGAUGAAUUGUCCUCCCUUCUCCAGGUUCCACUGGUGGCUGGUACUGUGAACCGAGGAAGCGAGGUGAUUGCGGCUGGAAUGGUGGUCAACGACUGGUGUGCUUUCUGUGGGCUGGACACAACUAGCACAGAGCUGUCAGUGGUAGAGAGCGUCUUCAAGCUUAAUGAAGCCCGACCCAGCACCAUUGCCACCAGGAUGCGAGAUUCUCUCAUUGACAGUUUAACCUGAGUGAUUACCUAUUGCUUCUGUUGUUUGGCCUCUUGAAUAAGGACUUUGGUUCCUGUACCAGUUCCAGUAUGGUGUGAGGCCCUUCAGAAUCUCUAAACAUCGGCACUUUGGAACCUGGAUCGUGGCUGGUGGGAGUAUAACAAAGCUUCCAAGACUGAUCUCCUAUAACUUCAUUUUUACUUGUUAGAAAAAAAAAGCCCUUAAGUGAGUUCACCUUGGUUUUUUGAUUUCCACUGUCCUUGUGCCCUAUUCCAUCAUUAAAAGGCACUUGGGUCCCUUGUUCUAUA